AUGAGUUCCAAUAUAAGCAAGUGGUUUCCGAAAGUAUCCCAACAGCAGACAAAUGACAAAGUAUUUAAAGAGACGAGGAAUAUCGAACGUGAGCUUAAGAUGCUCGGAAACAAAUUUACAACAAAUAUUAAUUUCAAUCUUCUUGAUUAUUAUGCAUUUCAGACUCUUUUGGAGAAGGGCAACAUUUACUUCCAAGACAGUUGUAUGAGUCAAUACAAGUUGUAUCGCAUUGGAUCGUCAUCAUCAGAUAAAAAUGUUGAGAGAUCAUCCUAUAAAGGGUUACUGAAACGUAAAUCAAUGCUGAUUCGAACGAACUUGAGGCGACGUCAUUUUCAAUUACUUUAUAUCAUCUCGAAAACAAUCAAGAGAUUACUCUUUAAUGGAAUAUUUGAGGCUGCAUUUCAUCUGUGUUCACUAUACAAUAACAUAAUUAUACUGACAAAUCAGCAUAUGAAAAGUUCAAGUGGAUCUAUGAUCAUAUCAAAUACAUACACUGCGAUACUAUCAAAUCCAAAGCGUAUGGAUGUUUCGAGUAUUUUACAAUUGGUUACGAAAUAUCGCACAGAAAGUUGUUGUAGCAAAUUGAUAUCAUGUCUGUUAGCAAAUAGCCGUGCCGACUUACAAUACGAUGAUGAUGAAUCAGAUACAUCAAGUUUAUUAGUUUUUCAUGCACUAACAAAGGAGUUGAGUCAACUGGAAGAAUUCAAUAUGCAACAGCAACAACUACAAAUGUUGCAUCAACAGCAAAAAAGGCAUCAGCAAGAGAAAGCAGAAAGGGAAAUAAGAUUAUGUUCAAUUGCACAAAAGCCUGCCACUAUGCCGGCAUCGACGAAUGAUGAUCCGGCAAUAGAUUUUUUUGACAAUCUGACGGGAGGAAAUGGGAAAAAUGUCAAUGGAAACAUAAAUGAUAUGGAGACACAUGUGGAUGAAAAGAACAUUAUAGAUGGAGAGGAUGGUGAAUUGUUGAUUGAAUUAAUUCGUGCAGAAGAAAUUUUUAUAGCUCACAUAAUCGUCAAGUGCCUAAAGUUUUGUCCGAGUGCCUUUGAAGGAGAUAUAACAAAACAUGAAGUUAUGAAGCUGAUAGAAAAGUCAUCACGAUUCUUAUGGACACAUAUAACAGGCACGCUCGAGAAUUUUGUAUUAUGGUGGAAUCAUACAUUGCCAUUAGCAUGUCGCUCCAUUGGAUGUGCAAAACAUUUACGAGAAUGGUUAUUGGCACAUGCUGAGGCACCUGAGCCCAUACAAACAACCUUGAAAAGUCUCGGUGAGAUUCUUACCAUACAUGUUGUCGGAUGCUUAUGGGACAAGCAAUUUAGGAGAUGUCUUAUUCUGGCAAAUUUACAUCCUGAACAAAAGUUUGAGCGGAAUUCCGAAUUUUACUGCCAUGAUGUUAAAUAUACUGGUACAACAUGCGGAUACUUUUGGAUUGAACUUUUUCGAUCCCUUGUGAGCAUAACAAAUUCAUGUGAUCGUGCUGGGACAAUAGCAAGCGAAUUGCCAAUAACCGAACAAAUUCCAGUUAUUCAUCGUCUCGAUCAUUCUAUUCAUACAAUGCGCUUAUACGUAGCGACAAUAGCAAAAAAAUUAUGCUCCGAUUGGAACAUGAAAACAUUUUUUAAAGUUGUGCACAAUGACAUGAAUUUAUGCUUAGAGCAACUCAAUGACCUACGAUUGCCAGCACUGGUUUCCAGCACAACCGACAUUCAUAUUUCGGUGAAUGUAGCACUGCGAGAGAAACUCGUGUCGGAAGUGAAAAUUAACAGAGAUAAAGCCAAGAAAACGACAAACGAGUGCAUUAAUAAUGUUUUUGCUAAUGUAUGCCAUGAAACUUCACUGGCAACAUUAAAGCUUUAUUUUCCUCCGCUUAAAAUAUGGCGCGUCAAUCAUUUGAAGCCUACACAUAAUGAGUAUAUAGACGUGUAUUUAGAUAUAAUCUACAAGCCAGUAAUUGAGUCGACGAAGGACAUAGAAAUACUUAAUCUUGCACUCAAAAUAAUUGGUGAGGCACUUCUCGAGCACAUUUACGAGCGUCGAAUAAAAUUCUCGAUAUGCGGAGCCAUCAAUUUGAUGAAGGAUUUCGAUGGAAUAGCUGCAUGGAUACUAACAAAAACGUGUAACGAACUUCCGGAAACUUAUCGCGAUAAAUUAUCAAGGCAUGAAGUUCUGAAAGUGUUAGAAGGGGUCGGAAAGAUUUUAUUGCGCCAACCCGAUGAAAUUAUUUCAAUGUUUCCAUCGAAGCCAAAAAGCGAAAAGGGUUCAACAGAUGAUGAUGACGAGAGACCCCCACUGCCACCCGAAAUGUACAUCAAUCAACAGAAAUGGCUCGAGUUACGUGCAACACGGAGGUCAGCCCUAAUAAGUUGUUUGUGCAAUAACAUUAACAUCGUCUCGUGAAUGAUUCAAUUUUCUUUUCAAAAAAAAUGUUGUAUAUUUAUUUUUUUUUGUUAUCCCAAAUGUUAUUCUAUCCAUAUUGCGUACAUCAACUGACAAUUUUUUUUAUAUGUUGUUACUGCCA